CUGACAGGGAGGGCCCUACUAUGUAUCGCUGGCUCACUUGGUCGUUUUCACGUCUCUCGCCUGUGUCUUUCCCUUGAAACAACGGCUGAGACGUUAGUAGACAAGGCGAACAGUUGUUUUUGGCGGGGGCUGAGGAUAUUUAUUGAGCUAGUCGCGGAGGCGAAGGAGGGGAAGCUGCCGCGGCAUCGUGAACAUCUCUGUCAUGGACUCGCAGACUGCAGACCGCUCCCCAAAGAUCACAGUGAUUAAGCCUACUUUUAUCUGUCCUCAGGUGAGUAAUGGACCUUUGACAGGCUCUAGGAAGCGGCCGUCAGAGGGAAAUUACGAGAAGGAGAAGGACGUGUGCAUCCAGCUCUUUGAUCAGUGGUCUGAGGCAGACCAGGUGGAGUUUGUGGAACACCUGAUCUCACGCAUGUGCCAUUACCAACACGGCCACAUAAACUCCUACCUCAAACCCAUGCUCCAAAGGGACUUCAUUACGGCACUGCCAGCUCAGGGUCUGGAUCAUAUAGCGGAGAACAUCUUGUCCUUCCUGGAUGCGCGCUCGCUUUGUUCGGCUGAGUUGGUGUGUAAAGAAUGGCAGCGUGUGAUAUCCGAAGGCAUGUUGUGGAAGAAGCUGAUCGAGAGGAUGGUUCGGACAGACCCGUUGUGGAAAGGCCUUUCAGAGAGACACCAGUGGGAAAAAUACCUAUUCAAGAACCGCACAACAGAAGUUCCUCCAAACUCAUACUACCGCUCUCUUUAUCCAAAAAUCAUUCAGGACAUUGAGACCAUCGAGGCGAACUGGAGGUGCGGCCGACAUAACCUGCAGAGGAUCCAGUGUAGGUCGGAGAACAGCAAAGGUGUUUACUGCCUCCAGUAUGACGACGAAAAGAUCAUCAGCGGUCUACGCGACAACUCCAUCAAGAUAUGGGAUAAACAGACUCUGGAGUGUUUGAAGAUUCUGACGGGGCACACAGGCUCUGUGCUGUGUCUGCAAUACGAUGAGAGAGUCAUUGUUACCGGCUCCUCUGAUUCCACUGUCAGAGUGUGGGAUGUGAACUCGGGGGAGGUUCUGAACACUCUGAUCCACCACAACGAGGCCGUGCUCCACCUGCGAUUCUGUAACGGGCUGAUGGUCACCUGCUCGAAGGAUCGUUCCAUUGCCGUGUGGGACAUGGCCUCUCCUACGGACAUCAGUCUCCGCCGGGUCCUCGUCGGACAUAGGGCUGCCGUCAAUGUGGUCGAUUUUGAUGACAAGUACAUUGUCUCAGCCUCUGGGGAUCGGACCAUAAAGGUGUGGAGUACAAGCACCUGUGAGUUUGUUCGGACACUAAACGGUCAUAAGCGAGGAAUUGCCUGCCUGCAGUACAGAGACAGACUUGUGGUCAGUGGCUCCUCAGACAACACCAUCAGGCUGUGGGAUAUCGAGUGUGGAGCUUGCUUGCGGGUUUUGGAAGGGCACGAGGAGCUUGUUCGCUGUAUUCGCUUUGAUAACAAGCGGAUCGUGAGUGGAGCGUAUGACGGUAAAAUUAAAGUAUGGGACCUACAAGCUGCUCUCGAUCCACGAGCCCCUGCCAGCACUCUGUGUCUACGUACACUAGUGGAACAUUCUGGCCGAGUGUUCCGGCUCCAGUUUGACGAGUUCCAGAUCAUCAGCAGUUCCCACGAUGACACUAUCCUUAUCUGGGACUUCCUCAAUGUGUCGACCAAUGGGCAGACGGAAGGGCGAUCGCCGUCCCGCACGUAUACCUAUAUAUCCAGAUAGCAGGGAAGCCCUGGUGGCGUGCGGAGUGUGUGCGAGUGUGUGUGGGGACUGUUCGGGUGACCCAGUCUCUGUGGAAGUGUGCCAGGAUCAAAGGUCGAGGAACGCCACCACCACCCCCCUCCCCUUCACCCUCCUCUCUCCAUCUGUCCGUUUUAUUUCUCCCCCUCUUCAGUCGUUUGGAGGGCCGCCCCACGACACAAACCGUGUCAGUUCUCUUUCUCCCUCUCUGUGGAGGAGGAGGCGGAGAAAAGAUGGAGAGAGCGAUGCCAUUAAACAGUGAACGUGAGGGUGGGUGUGGAGCCCCCCUCUCACCCCUGCCACCGUGUACAGAGUGACGGCUGCCCCGGCUCCACCCCCUGGGCCCAUGAACUCUGUAUCUAUCUUUUGUUUGUUUUAUUUUUAUUGAUUCAAAUGAAAAAGAUGAAAAACUAAAGGGAGAAGGCAAGGUCUGAAUGCCUGCCUUCUCUCAGGACUGUUCUGCAUGAAUGAGCGAGCGAUGGGAUGUGUAAUGUGUGCUGGUCAACCCCUCGGUUUCUGUCUUAUGUUUUUGUUUUUUUAUGCUUUUUCUUUUUUUUUUUUUUGAAGUUGGGAAAUUGACUCGACUGUUUUCUUUUCUUGUGAAAUCGUAUGAAUAAUUGUAGUUUUUUUUGACUCUUCUCCUGAUAUGUUCCUUCCGUUUUUUAGCACUGUCCGUCUCGUUCCCCUUUUCACUGUCUGCUCGUCUAGGUUCUGAAUGACCCAUAACUGAGCUGAAUUUAGUUGUAAACAGAAUUGUCUCGUCUAAAAUGGUGUUGUAUAUUGAAAAGAUUUUUUAAAGAAAAAAGCGUUAUUAAUAAGAAUAAAGUACUUGACUGUGAAGGAGUGUUAAGAAGCUUGCACAAACGCGUCGUGUUUUUCGUAUGUGUGUGUGUUUGCACGCAUGAUUCGCCCUUUUGAGAUAAAGGCUUCUUGACAGGCCCAGAUUUCAGUAACCUGCUGCCGCGCUUGCCAAGACCUCCAAAAAUCGCAGGGCCACUGUUCAAAUAUUUAAGUUUACCUCCUGCUCCGAAUAUGUGGAAAUUGGCAGUACUGUCAUUUUCGUCUUAUUUGAUUUCAGCUUUCCUUAUGAACGCCACCAUGGCAACAGCCACAAUACGAGCCCAGUUCAACGCUGUAGCAAUUCAAAAAAUGUUUGAAUGCAGAGCAAUAUUUUAGUCUGAGAUCUCAAGAAUCACAGAGUUCCAUUCUGUGCGAACUUUAGAAUGGAAUUCCAUUGAAAUAAGGCAUUAGAAUGAAUGAUGGCAGGCUACUGUCAGAUUGUGAGACAUAAGGGUGGAUGUGAGAGAGAUGGAGACAUUAUAAAGAGGGAGGAUCAAAGUCAGUCUGCAGACGGGGGAGAGAGAGCGAGAGAGACGAUUACUGCCCAAUAUGGCUGAUCCGGAAUGCAGUCGAUGACUAGAGUACAGACAAACCCUCAAAAGAGUACUUAUGUGUUUAAAUCUUCUUGGUUUUGCUCUACAGUUUAGCUUUCUUAUUGUUUGGAACUCUUAUAAUAGAUAAACUAGUUCUAGUCAGUUUUACAUGGUUUGCAUUUUGGUGUGUGCCAUUUAGGGCUGUAGUUUAUACCUUCUGGGUCCACCAGGUGGCAAUAAAACAGUGUGUGGACCCUAAAAUACACCAAUGUUCAGGGUAAAGGUGUUGAAAGAUGAAACCCAUUGAUCAAUGCAUCCACAAAAUAAAUAUUUUAAUAACA